AUGAAGGAUUGGCUUGGAAUAGGAAUACUAAAUGCUAAACCCGAAGAAUGGAAAAAAUCCAGAAGAGUUUUAGCGCCUGCAUUCAGUUCGGACAUGCUAUCUAAAUACGUGAAAAAGUUCGAUAAAACUGCAUCAAAUCUCGUCGAAAAGUUCAGACCAGCUGCGAAUAGCGGUGAAGAGAUAGAUGUUCUGCUUCAGAUAAAGAAUUCGAAUUUAGAGGCUAUCGUAGAGGCUGCUUUAGGCGUAUCGAUUCAAAGCUGUGGAAAAGAAGGAGAAAACUUUUGCAAUUCUGUAAUGGAAGCUAUGAAAGAAGGAGCAGUGCGUAUCCAAUACCCUUGGCUAAUUCCACAUCAUAUUUACACGAUCUACUUAAAGUGGACUGGGAAAACUAAAGACAUCGAACAUUUACGGUAUCUGCCUACCAAGAUAUUAAGAGAGAAAAUGGAUAAUAUUCGAAACUCGCUAGGUGCAGACAAUGAUUCAACUGACAAUGCCAAUUCAUCGAAAACGAUCAUCGAUUUACUCAUUAGUAAAAGUUCAACAGAACUAGGUUUCAAUGAAAUACGUAUAAGAGACGAAUUGCUAUUGAUGAUCGCUUCAGGAGCAGAAACGACAGCACUGACUAUAAGCUUCGCGAUGCUGAUGUUCGCCAUCCAUCAGGAUAUUCAGCAAAAAGCUUACGAAGAGAUCCAACAACUUACAACCGCGGACUACGAUGAACUUACUGAGGAUCACUGGACCGAUCAUUUAAAAUACUUGGAACAAUGUAUCAAAGAAACAAUGAGAAUGUUCAGUCCAGUAAUGGUAACUAGUAGACGGACUUAUAAAGAAAUCAUUUUGAAAGAUAACACGAUCGUCCCAGCAAAUAUGUUUGUAGCGACGUUCAUACAUCUUGCCAAUUAUGAUUCUGAAUUAUACAAAAAUCCGGAAAAAUUCGAUCCACAAAAUUUCAGCGAUCAGGCUAUUAAAGAACGACCCAAUUGCAGUCAAUUAAACUUCGGUUAUGGACCAAGAUCUUGCAUAGGUUUCAAGUACGCGAUGAUGUCUAUCAAAGCACAACUCACCUACAUCUUGCGCAGUUAUCAUUUAUCUAGCAGCAUCAAACAAUUCACAAAGGAGAACUUGAAAACGGACCUUAGUAUCAGAAGUAGAAUAGGUUAUCCUAUCAAAUUUACAAGCAGAUGACAAGUGAAGCGAUGAAAAAUAAAUACGUAAAAUAGGAUAAUCUACUCGUGGAAUUGUUUGUAAAUUCAUACGUGAUUUCAUCAUGAAAUUAUAAAUUCAACAUCAAAGUAAAAGCAAGAAAAAAAACUGAUUUGGAAAUCAUUCAAAACUGAAGAGAAACUGAAAACCGUAAAACGAUAGUUGAAGCAUUAACAAUGAAAUAAUUUCAUUGCCUUUUUCUUAAAAUACAAGUCCGUUCAUUAAAAAUAUUUAAAAAAUGUAAAAAAUCAGACUGAAACGUCAAUUUUGAAAAUAAAUAAAUUAUUUUGUAGGUAGGUACCUAGCAUUUGGCACAAUAAUUGAACGCCACUGAUUUUAAGGCGAUUAUCAAAAUAACACGUUGGUAGAUCUUGUAUUUUUUUAAUACCUAUCUGGAACUCACCUUGAUAGAUUUCUUUACAACUUACGCUAUGCAUAUUUAAUGAGAACAAGUUAUUAAA